AUGGAGUUUCUGGGUGCCAGUAUCAGUGCCAGUGCAGAGGAAUCUCAUUACGAGGUGUGCCUAGUCAAUGAGCGGCAUACAGUUCCACAGGUUGUGGCCUUGACCCAAGGUGCAAUCAACUACAACCUCAGGGCCUUGUUCUUCCUAAACAAGGACUUGAAAACUAUCAACGUUACUCGUGGCGGCAAAUACAUCCGUGCAACGACGAAAGCAGGACAGAUAUCCAUUGCAGAUGGUAUCAAAGAGAACAACAUCGUUUUCUACCACUGCUUUUUCGUUUCUGGCGAAGCCAAGCUUCCGAGCCACACAGGCGUUGAUCUCUCAGGCUGGGAACUCGUCUUUCCGGUGGAAGUUGGGAAGAUGAAACUCGGCAGCGGGCCUACGCGCGAUCGCCUCGUGCAGGAGUUGAAUCGGCCUGGUGAUUUCGACAUCCUUGCUUUGUUUCUCGAUUUUACUACACGAGACAAUGUGACCUUUUCAUAUGCUCUCCAGACGCAGGAACCACAAAAGGUAUCGCCAGGUACGGAUGCAUUCGCGCCUACCGGUAUUCUGAAUGUGCAUACAUAUCCGUACAAAGAACCAAAGACUGGAACCACCGUAUACGGGCUUACGACGGCUGGCGACCGGAACGUGCUUCUUUUCAUACUGGGAAGCACAGCAGUGGCUAAGCCUGCCACGAGUCUCUCCUGGAAGGGAAACCUGGCAAUGGCCGGCUCUGACGGGACUCUCGGCAUCAGCUACGAUAUCAUGUGGGACAGAUUUUUGCUUCGGAAAGACCUCGCUUUGCUCAAUGACGUGAAUGUUGUGAUGUCUAGCUACAUGAGGAUCAAUUAUUUCAAGCUAUUGCCCGACGAAAAAGUUGGCUUCAGGCCGGAUUUCAGCUUCGAUUAUGGAAUCAACCAGUCUGAAGCCCACGGGGACGACUCCUACGCUUGGCCUCUGAAUGACAAGGCGUCCUGGUUCUGGCGCUUGAGGAAAACAGAGACAAAGACAGCGAGCUGUGCCGAAAAGUGGUUUGGUACCCUCGAAGUUGCGAGCACAAAUAUAGUUCAGUGUAACGGCAACACAAGAUUCGAGUGGGACAUGAACAUCGCUAGCAAAGACGGCAAAAUCGAAUACGCGUUCGUCAGAAUGAUUUUUGGCGUGCGAUGGACGCUCAACUUUGCAUUCCAUGUCGACGACGAUGGCAAGCUAUACGCCACCGUCGACCUUCCCGAAGAGUCCUACGUAGUCGACGGCUAUAUUAAAAGUUUCAAGAACUUUGACGGAAAAGAAAUCGCGGACGACCUAAAGCAGGCGAUUCGCAAGACAAAGGACGAGUUUUUGCCCGUUUUCAGAAAGGGGUGCCUUCCAAGGCUCAACAAGGAUAUUGCCCGCGUCCAUCAAUUUGCCCUGCCCGGCCAUGGCACUUUCCUGUACAAGAAUCCCAUAUGGGGUAUUCAUGGUGAUCUUUUAGUGGACUUGAAAUACCUUCAGUGA